AUGGUCUUGUUGGUUGGUUUGACUGGAAACGCCUUUAUAAUCACCUUGGUGUACAAGCGCAAAGACUUCAGAAAGACUAUAAAUCAGCUUAUCGCCAACAUGGCAUUUUCUGACUUUGUCUUUCAGUUAACAUUCAUUCCAGUUGAGUUGGCAAAAGCAGCGUAUGGUCAAUGGCCGAUCGCUGAACCGGCCGGAUCAAUCGUCUGCAAGAUCCAGAGUUUUGUUAUUUAUGCCUCUUUCUAUGUUUCUGUACAAAGCCUAACUUGGAUUGCAUUAGACCGGUUUAUAGCAGUAGUCUUUCCAAUGAAAGUCCAUCUGAUUUCCUCCAGAUUUCGCGUUUUGGCCAUUGCUUCCACGUGGAUCGUUGCCCUUUUGUGCGGCUCUGUUUCUUCUAUUGAUUUUAAACUCGUUCACAAAAAUGGUGCACUUGACUGCACAGAGAAAACAACUACCGUUUCUCAAUAUGCUGGAGCCGCCUGUUCCUUUGCUUCGUUGAUAUCCGUAACAAUUUUAUACUGUACUAUAGCGGUAACUCUACGAAGGAAAAAUAAAGCGCUUCCCAUUGCACCUGUGAAUGGAAACGUGCAGAGAAAACGGCAAGCCGUGAAAAUGUCCAUUUGCGUCGUGGCAGCCUUUUAUUUAUGUUUUAUCCCUGUCAUUAUUAUUGUCUUAUUGUCAGAAAGAGUAUUGGGAAGAUCAUGUUUGUUACUCCGAGUACUAAGGCCAUUACCUCUCCUGAUGACCAACCUUUCAAGCACCGCGAAUCCAAUAAUCUGUUUCGUCUUUGUCGAAAACUACCGGCGUGGCCUGAGAGAAUUUUGUGGUUCGUUUCUUAUUAAAUGCUCGAAGAGAAGACAUCACAUUGACAAUGGUCCAAAAGGAAUAACUCUUCAGAGUAUAAGGGUCAUACAAAACUCUUAUAGUAAUUAAUUCAACAUUUAAUUUUUUUUUCUAAAGAAAAGACUUUUUGCUUAGCUCCUAGUUGGUUAGCCCGUUGCAGGCUCCAAGAAAAGUAAUUUCCAGAGAUUGUGAUAACUGUACGGUCGUUUACGUUGCCAACGCCCUGUUCGCUAACGACUUAAAAGUCGUUUCGCGUAUGUGUUGGGUCAGUUCUCAAACUGCUUUCGUCUGAUCCAUGGCUGAAUGAACGAGGUAAAUACAUGCGUAUCGCACUUCCUCUUAUCGUGGCUGAGAGAACGAGGUAUAUACAAGUGAGGCACAAGCAGAGGGACGUAAGACGUUAGCGAACAGUCUCCCCAAUUAGUAAGGCACUGUGCCUGAGCUAUAAGACGUGAGACUUUAAUAAAGUUCAUCAUUAUUAUUAUUAUUAUUAUUAUUAUUAUUAUUAUUAUUAUUAUUAUUAUUAUUAUUAUUAUUGUUAUUAUUAUUAUUAUUAUCACGGUAGUGAAACGAUUCGUAGGCGAAACGACCGAUGAAAAAAUUAUAUCAAAACGUUACAUCACGGGCGUCCUACUUUCCCUUGACCUUGUCUUCGCGACGUCCCUACGAUCUAAGAGCCUGGCUUGUGCUACUUGAUACGUCUGUUAAUGAAGUGUUGUUCAUAUUAAUGUACUGUAUACUACUCGAUGGCAGUUUUUACUUUUUUUCUGACUUAACGUUGUUGGCCCCGAAUUUACGAAACAUUCCUAACUUUUAAGUUAUUCGGCACCAUGCAUAGAUCUCAACUAUUGUUUCUUUCACUCCCAGGAGUGGGAGACGUUAAAAUCCGCCCAAAAUACCAAGAGGCUUAAAAACAAAGUGUACCAUGACAUAAAAUUGACGACGAAGAGGUUUCGUUGGGAAGCUAACAUGGGAUUUCGUCCACAGACUCAGAAUUUACAGCCACCUUACAAAGACUCAUAUCACCAUUUACUCUGAGGUUAAAAGGGUUGAAAACAACAGGCGAUUGUAAAGGAACAACUGAUAUGAUGCGCCUUAUCGUAAGAACUCAUAAAUCUUGCUGCUGGUGUUUGAUUAAAGAGACAAUUGUAAACAGGGGCACCCAACGGCCGAAUGUUUCCAAAUACGCCAGAAGUGUCUCAGAUGGUUUUCACCAUCCUUUAGAAGCCUGUUUGGUUAAUUUUGGAGCUGCCCUAAAAACUAUUUAUCUGUUCGGAUGUUUUACUAGGGGAACCUUGGACGAAACGAAAGUUUUAGGUGGCUUUUUCGUCUCAUCCGAAAAUGUUAGCUAUCCUUAUGGGUCUGGUCGACAGUCCGAAGACAAGAAGCAGCCUUGCUUUCAUUACAAAAUUAUAGGGGACAUUUUGUCGUUAUUCCGAACGUUUUAGGAGACCUUUUUUUAACAAUAAUCGCAAUAUCUUGGUAUUAAAAUAUGAAUAAUUCCUCCGAAAAUCGUAGUUUAAAGCUAUUUGAAAACUUCCCAAUAUUUUAGAGGAAUGGAACGGGUAAACAUAAAUUUGUAGCUUUUCUCAAGCUUUAGAAAUUUCUAGGCAAUAUUUUCUCCCUCGAACAGUUAUUUUCAGAAAAAAGUCGCUGGGUACCCCUGUGUAAAUAGCGAUCGUUUUCUCAUAAAACGUUGUCCUGCCAGUGAAAUCAUUUUUAAUAAGUGAAAGUGCAUUCGUUUACAACAAUGACGAUGACAAAAUAGGCAAAAUUUAGUUUUAAUUAGUUUCUGUAAUAGUCUUUCUCGCCUUUUUCAUGCAAACUGAGCUCAGUCAUAGACGUUUCCUUUCUUGUAGUCUUUUCCGUAUACUAUCAAUUUUUCAAUUCGCAGUUUGUUUUUUCCACGGGGUGAACUAUACAUAAUCCAGUAUGACAGUACAGCAUACCGCAGGCUACACACGAGCUACCUGAGUAAUCAAUUACGACUAGGAGUGUUUGUCAGGUUAUUGAAUUGGUGAAUGUUUGAAACACGAACCGCAUUUCAAACUGCAAGUUUAUGGAACAGCAUAAAAAUUAAAUAUUAAAGUUAAACAUGAAAUUCUCUUUUUAUUUAUUUUAUAAGUUCUUUUCAAAUAUGUUGUGCACCUUAUUAGGUUUUGUGUUCCUUACAAGCUCAGUCAUAAGGCACAAGCCUUGAGUUAUUGAAAGACAUAGAAAAUUAAAUUUAAAAAUUUAAUAUUAAACACCUUUGUCUAAUUCUAAAUUAAUGUUGAAAAGCGUAGAAAAUGAAAUACUAAAGUUUAAUAAAUAAACAAUAAACAAACUCUCCGUUAUGUACCAUGACAAAAAUUAUUAAAAACUGUCAGUACUUUCAUGAUAAAAAAUUCUCCUGGCUACUUCUGUCCCGACUUCUGUUCUCACUGUUGGCAGAUGCAAUCGAUAGCUUUGUUUUAAUUCUUCCGUGUUUUCCCUAUGAUGUUUAAUUAAAUUCAGAUCUUGACUUUAAUAAUAAGGCAUUGUCCUUCCAGGUUCUUUUGUAAGUCAAUCUUGUGUCCACUUUAAAUAACUGUACUUUGUUCACCUUAGUGAUAGUGUUAGCAUGUAGUCCCGGGAAUAAUUAUCUAUUACGCAAUAGUCUCGGAAAAUGACAGGCUUUUAUCGCAUAAACGGAUGCACAUAAACCAUUCGCGGGGAGGAGCCAGUUGCCUUGCAACUCACUGCAAUUCUUAGGCGACGAGACAGUGCCGAUGAUUAUCAAAAUAGAAGUAAAAACAAUUGGUGUAAUAUGUAAAUGUAAAUUUCAUCAAGUUUAGAGAAACGCUGCGGUUAGUGGCUGUAAGACUCUGCGGAAGAGUCUACAUCAUUUGCCUUUUCCGCACUUCGGCUCCAGUUCCCUUCUCGCUUCAGUCUUAAGUGGCGAAUUCAGGUUGUACUGGGUCAAGUAUUUAGUCGAUUGCUUGGAUUCACUUGAAAUCAGUCUUCAUGUUUCAAAUGCUUCCCGGCGCUGUCGAUUUAGUUGGCGGCAUCUUCUUGGGUCAGUUCACUCUCCUUUCUGCUAGAGACGUGCAUUAAAUAGGUGGUUCUUUUUUUUUAUAUAUCAUGUCGAGCAGCAACUUGAGCACCGUCUCAUCAAGCGAAAAGGAUUUGGAUUGUGGAGGAUUUUAUGAGCCGUAUGUGUUUAAAAUAAGUUUGAUCGUUGUCUACUGUAUGGUCUUGUUGGUUGGCUUGACUGGAAACGCCCUUAUAAUCACCUUGGUGUACAAGCGGAAAGACUUAAGAAAGACUAUAAAUCAGCUUAUCGCCAACAUGGCAUUUUCUGACUUUGUNGUUUAAAAUAAGUUUGAUCGUUGUCUACUGUAUGGUCUUGUUGGUUGGCUUGACUGGAAACGCCCUUAUAAUCACCUUGGUGUACAAGCGGAAAGACUUAAGAAAGACUAUAAAUCAGCUUAUCGCCAACAUGGCAUUUUCUGACUUUGUCUUUCAGUUAACAUUCAUUCCAGUUGAGUUGGCGAAAGCAGCGUAUGGUCAAUGGCCGAUCCCUGAACUGGCCGGAUCAAUCGUCUGCAAGAUGCAGAGCUUUGUUAUUUCUACCUCUGUCUAUGUUUCUGUUCAAAGCCUAACUUGGAUUGCGUUAGACCGGUUUAUAGCGGUAGUCUUUCCAAUGAAAGUCCAUCUGAUUUCCUCCAGAUUUCGCGUUUUGGCCAUUGCUUCCUCAUGGAUCGUUGCCGUUUUGUGCGGCUCCGUAUUUUCUAUUGAUUCUAAAGUCGUGCACAAAAAUGGUGCACUUGAGUGCACAGUGAAAACAACUACAAUUUCUCAAUAUGCUGUAGCCGCCGGUUCCUUUGGUUCGCUGAUUUCCAUAACAGUUUUGUACUGUACUAUAGCGGUAACUCUACGAAGGAAAAAUGAAGCGCUUCCCACUGCACCUGUGAAUGGAAACGUUCAGAGAAAGCGGCAAGCCAUGAAAAUGUCCAUUUGCGUCGUGGCAGCCUUUUAUUUAUGUUUUAUCCCUGUCAUUAUUGUCUUUCUGUCAGGAAAGGCACUGGAAAGAUCAUGUUUGUUACUCAGAGUACUAAGACCCCUACCUGGCCUGAUGAUCAACCUUUCAAGCACGGCAAAUCCAUUAAUCUGUUUCAUCUUUGUCGAAAACUACCGGCGUGGCCUAAGAGAAUUUUGUGGUUCGUUUCUUAUUAAAUGCUCGAAGAGAAAACAAAACAUUGACAGUGGUCCAAAAGGAAUAACUCUUCACUAUUAGAGUUUUGUAGGUCCCUUAUACUCUAAUUAAUUUAACAUUUUUUUUUCUAAAUAAAAGGCUUUUUCCUUAGCUCCUUGUUGGUUAGCCUGUUGCAGGCUCCAAGAAAGUAAUAUGCAGAGAUUGUGAUAACUGUACGGUCGUUUACGUCGCCAACGCCGUGUUCGCUAACGAGCGACAUAAGACGUUAGCGAACGGGCGGUAGCGAAACGAUUUGUAGGCGAAACGACCGGUAACCAAAACUGGUAUGAAAACGUUAGAUCACGGGGCGUCCUACUUUCCCUUGACCUUGUCUUCGCGAUGCCCCUACGAUCUAAGAGCCUGGCUUGGACUACUUGAUACGUCUAUUAAUAAAGUGUUGUUCAUAUGAAUAUACUGUAUUAUAAUAGUACUCAAUGGCAGUUAUUACAUUUUUACUGACUUAGCCUUGUUGGCCCCGAAUUUACGAAGCAUCCCUAACUUUUAAGUUAUUCGGCACCAUAGAUCUCAACUAUUGUUUCUUUCACUCCUAGAAGUGGGAGACGUUGAAAUCCGCCUAAAAUAUCAAAGAGGCUGAAAAACAAAGUGUACCAUGACAUAAAAUUGACGACGAAGAGGUUUCGUUGGAAAGCUCACGAUUGAAUUGCGUCCACAGACUCAGAAUUUAGAGCCACCUUACAAAGACUCAUACCAUUAUUUACUCUGAGGUUGAAAGGGUUAAACAACGGGCGAUUCAUUCUAAAGGAACAACUGAUAUGAUGCGACUUACCGUAAGAACUCAUAGAUCUUGCUGCUGGUGUUUAAUUAAAGAGACAAUUGCAAACAGGGGCACCAAACGGCCGAAUGUUUGCAAAUACGCCAGAAGUGUCUUAGAUGGUUUUCACUAUGCUUUAUAGAAGCCUGUUCGGUUAAUUUGGAGCUGUCCUAAAAACUAUUUGUCUGUUCGGAUGUCUUAGGGGAACUUUGGACUUCACGAAAGUUUUAGGUUGCUUUUUCGUCUCAUCCAAAAGUGCUAGCUAUCCUUAUGGGUGUGGUCGAAAGUCCGAGGACAUGAAGCAGGCUUGCUUUCAUUACAAAAUUAUAGGGGACAUUUUGUCGCUAAACCGAACGUUUUAGGAGACCUUUUCGCAAUAUCUUGGUAUUAACAUGCGAAUAAUACAACCUCCGAAAAUCGUAGUUAAGCUAUUAGAAAAAAUCCCGUAUUUUAGACGAAUGGAACGGUUAUCCAGAAAUUUGUAGCUUUUCUCAAGCUUUAGAAAUUUCUAGGCAAUAUUUGCACCUUCGAACAGUUAUUUCCCUAUUCAAAUCACAUUAUUUUUAAUAACUGAAAGUGCAUUCGUUUGCAAUAAUGACAGUGACAAAAUAGAGAAAAUUUCGUUAAGUUUCUGUAAUAGUCAUUCUUGCCUUUGUCAUGCAAACUGAGCUCAAUCAUCGACGUUUUCUUCGAUGUAGUGAUUUCCGUAUGCCAUUAAUUUUUCAAUUCAUAGUUUGUUUUUUCCACGGGGUGAACUAUAUGAUCCAGUAUGACAGUACAGCAUACAGCAGGCUACACACGAGCUACGUUAGUCAUCAAUCACGAGCAGGNGUUUUAGGAGACCUUUUCGCAAUAUCUUGGUAUUAACAUGCGAAUAAUACAACCUCCGAAAAUCGUAGUUAAGCUAUUAGAAAAAAUCCCGUAUUUUAGACGAAUGGAACGGUUAUCCAGAAAUUUGUAGCUUUUCUCAAGCUUUAGAAAUUUCUAGGCAAUAUUUGCACCUUCGAACAGUUAUUUCCCUAUUCAAAUCACAUUAUUUUUAAUAACUGAAAGUGCAUUCGUUUGCAAUAAUGACAGUGACAAAAUAGAGAAAAUUUCGUUAAGUUUCUGUAAUAGUCAUUCUUGCCUUUGUCAUGCAAACUGAGCUCAAUCAUCGACGUUUUCUUCGAUGUAGUGAUUUCCGUAUGCCAUUAAUUUUUCAAUUCAUAGUUUGUUUUUUCCACGGGGUGAACUAUAUGAUCCAGUAUGACAGUACAGCAUACAGCAGGCUACACACGAGCUACGUUAGUCAUCAAUCACGAGCAGGAGUGUUUGUUAGGGUUUUGAAUUGGUGAAUGUUUGAAACACGAACCGCAUUUCAGACUGCAAGAUUAUGGAACAGCAUAAAAAUUUUAAUUUUUAAUAUUUAAAAAUAUUAAAGUUAAACAUGAAAUUCUCUUUUUAUUUAUUUUAUAAGUUCUUUUCAAAUAUGUUGUGUACCUUAUUAGGUAACUUUGUGUACCUUACAAGCUCAGUCAUAAGGCACAAGCCUUGAGUUAUUGAAAGACAUAGAAAAUUAAAUAUAAAAAAUUAAUAUUAAACACCUUUGUCUAACACUAAAUUCUAAAUAUUUUAAUGUUGAAAGGCAUAAAAAUGAAAUACUAAAGUUUAAUAAAUAAAUAAUAAACAAACUCUCCGAUAUGUACUAUAACAAAAAUUAUUAAAAACAGUACUUUCAUGAUAAAAAAUUCUCCUGGCUACUUCUGUCCUUACUUCUGUUCUUAUUGUUGGCAGAUGCAAACGAUAGCUUUAUUUUAAUUCUUCCGUGUUUUCCCUAUGGUGUUCAAUCAAAUUCAGAUCUUGACUUAAUAAUGAGGCAUUGUCCUUGCAGAUCCUUUGUAAGUCAAUCUUGUGUCCACUUUGAAAAACUCUACUUUGUUCACCUGUUGUGAUAGUGUUAGCAUGUAGUCCCGUGUUUAAUUAUCUAUUACACAAGAGUCUCGGAAAAGGACAGGCUUUUAUCGCGGCGUUAACUCUUGACAUAACACGGAAAAAGUGUGGAGUCAGGGCUGGUGUGUCACUUGAACAAAGGUUUCUAUUCUACGUAUUUUUUCUUGUGAUCUAACCAAAAACGUACUUUUUUUACUGCAAAAUAAGCAGGCAAGGGCAUGCUUUCUGCAACGAAUUCAUCGGGACCUUCCAACUUCGAUUCAAAAUCCACCAACAUCUCGGGUCACAAGAGACAGAAUUAAACAUUUUUGACCUGUCUUUUUUAAAUGUCUUUAAUAUCUACAGUAUUGAAGUUUUUUAUUAGAUUGCCUUUAGCACUAACCUUGGGCAAAUAAAAGGUUCUUUUCCGUUUUUUUUUUCCUCCGCAUGUCGUGAGUUUGGUGUAUGAUUUAUUUGUUCUUUUAUAUGGUUUUGUUUGUUAUUGUAUGUAAAACGAAUUAUAGAGUAAAUGUGACAGUAAAUCAGGAUAGGCGAACUAACUCUGCGUACGAAGCUCAGAAAGAGAAUUGAUGUAAGAGAUCAGCUUAACGUUCUUCUAGAUAAAGUUAUUUUUUUAUAAUAAUAAUUUGAAAAUUUAUAUAAAGGCGUGAUGAUCAAUUAUUUUUGCCGACAGAACUAAAACUCGGGCGUGUUUAUAUUAAAUAUGUAUAUCCACUUAUUCAACAUCAAUCUCUAUCGUAAUAUAUUUGGUUUUGAAUUAUUCAUGAAUGUUUUUAGAUUUAUACUACAAAGAAAAAAUAUCUCACCAGUUCGAAGCAUAAAGUUUUGCCGACUAUCUGUUGUUGUCGAUGUGAAAUCGCCAUUCAAGUGGUCUAGAUCUCGGUGUGGCAAACUGAAAGAAAUUGGCCAAAAAUGUCUUUAUUCACUUCUUCUUUUUCGCCAUGUUGAUCGGGCGUCCAGCAUUGUUCGCCUGUCUACCUCAGUUGGCAAAUGGAACCGCACUAAGGACGCACUCAAGAAAAUGCCCCAGACGUUUGAUCUUGGUGACGCGUCCUAGCUACGUGCGCAGUUAGGGUGCGCAUAAACUAUUGGCGGGGAGGAGCCAGUUGCAUUACAACUCACUGCAAUUCUUAGGCGACGAGACAGUGCCGAUGAUUAUCAAAUAGAAGUAAAAACAAUUGGUGUAAAAUGUAAAUAUAAAUUUCAUCAAGUUCAGAGAAACGCUGCGUUUAGUGGCUACAAAAGUCUCUGCGAAAGUCAGUCUACAUCAUUUGCCUAUUCUGCACUUCGGCUUCAGUUCCCAUCUCGCUUCAGUAUUAAUUUAGUCGAUUGCUUGGAUUCACCUGAAAUCAGUCUCCAUGUUCCAAAUGCUCCCGCUGUCGAUUUAGUUUGCGACAUCUUCUUCGCUUCUUUCUGCUAGAGACGUGCAUUGCAUCGGUGGUUCUUGUUUUCGUAAAUUAUGUCGACCAGCAACUUGAGCAACUUCUCAUCAAGCGAAAAGGAUUUGGAUUGUGGAGCAUUAUAUGAGCCAUAUGUGUUCAAAAUAAGUUUGAUAGUUGUCUACUGUAUGGUCUUGUUGGUUGGCUUGACUGGAAACGCCCUUGUAAUCACUUUGGUGUACAAGCGGAAAGACUUAAGAAAGACGAUAAAUCAGCUUAUCGCCAACAUGGCAUUUUCUGACUUUGUCUUUCAGUUGACAUCCAUUCCAGUUGAGUUGGCAAAAGCAGCGUAUGGUCAAUGGCCGAUCGCUGAACCAGCCGGAUCAAUCGUCUGCAAGAUCCAGAGUUUUGUUGUUCAUGUCUCAGUCUAUGUUUCUGUACAAAGCCUAACUUGGAUUGCAUUAGACCGGUUUAUAGCGGUAGUCUUUCCAAUGAAAGUCCAUCUCAUUUCCUCCAGAUUUCGCGUUUUGGCCAUUGCUUCCACAUGGAUCGUUGCCCUUUUGUGCGGCUCCGCAUCUUCUUUUGAUUCUAAAGUCGUGCACAAAAAUGGUGCACUUGAAUGUACAGAGAAAACAACUGCAAUUUCUCAAUAUGCUGGAGCCGCCGGUUCCUUUGCUUCGUUGAUUUCCAUAACAAUUUUAUACUGUACUAUAGCGGUAACUCUACGAAGGAAAAAUAAAGCGCUUCCGACUUCAGUUGUGAAUGGAAACGUUCAGAGAAAACGGCAAGCCGUGAAAAUGUCUAUUUGCGUCGUGGCAGCCUUUUAUUUAUGUUUUAUCCCUGUCAUUAUUAUUGCCUUGUUGUCAGGAAAAGUACUGAAAAGAUCAUGUUUGUUACUCAGAGUACUAUGGCCAUUUACCGGCUUGACGAUCAACCUAUCAAGCUCAGCAAAUCCAAUAAUCUGUUUCAUCUUUGUCGAAAACUACCGGCGUGGCCUGAGAGAAUUUUGUGGUUCGUUUCUUAUUAAAUGCUCGAAGAGAAGACAAAACAUUGACAAUAGUCCAAAACGAAUAACUCUUCAGAGGGUUAGAAGGGUCCUACAAAACUCUUAUAGUAAUUAAUUUCACAUUUAUUUUAUUUUUUGAAAUAAAAAGCCUUUUCCGAAGCUCCUCAGUAUUGACUAGCCUGUUGCAUAAAGGCUCCAAGAAAGUAAUGUGUAGACAUCGUGAAAACUGUACGGUCAUGUACGUUGCCAACGCCCUGUUCCCUAAUGACUUAAGUGUCGUUUCGCUUACGUAUUAGAUGAGUUUGCUAUCUGCUUUCGCCAGAUCAGUAGCCGAAAGGACGAAGCAUAUACGUGCGUAUCGCACCUUUUCUUAUCAUUCCUAAGAGAACGAGCUAUAUACAUGCGCACCGCUCGCUUCGCCUCUUAAGUGAAGCGACAUAAGACUUCGGCGAAACGACCGGUCAGCAAAACUGACAUGAAAAAAGCCAAAUCACUGGCGCCCUAUUUUCCUUUGAACUUUCCUUAGCGACGUCACUACGAUCUGAGAGCCUGGCUUAGGCUACUUGAUACGUCUAUUAAUAAAGUAUUUAUAAAGUAUUGUUCAUGUAAAUGUACCGUAUUGUACUUGAUGGUAGUUAUCUGACUUAACCAAGUGUUAAGAUUAUUUAGAUGCUAUGGCCCCGAAUUUAUGAAGCACUCCUAACUUUUAAGUUAGGAAUGUUUCGUAAAUUCGGCACCAUAGAUCUCAACUAUUGUUUCCUUCAGUCCCAGGAGUGGGAAAAGACAAAAUCCGACUAAAAUAUCAAAGAUGCUGAAAAACAAAUUGUUCCUAGACAAAAAAUUAACGGCGAAGAGGUUUCAUUGGAUAGCUAACUAUAGGAUUUCGUCCACAGACUCAAAGUUAGAGGCACCUUACAAAGAUUUCAUCAAUCACUCUGAGACUAAAAGGGUUGAAAACAACAGGCGAUUGUAACGGAACAAUACAAAAGAUGCGUCUUAUCGUUGGAACUUUUAAAUCUGGCGUCUGGUGUUUAAUUUUAAAAGUCAGAUGCUCACACUUGUAUACAACAAUCUUUUUCCCGUAAAACGUUACGCCCUGCCAGCCCAGCGACCCUAUUGAAAUUAAAUCAUUGUUAAUAAGUGAAAGUGCACUCGUUUGCGAAAAUGACGAUGACAAAAUAGAUAAAAUUUAGUUUAGUUUCUGUAAUAGGCUAGCUAGUGUUUCUUGCCCUUGUUCUGCGAACUGGUUUUAAUGAUUUUCGUGCCAUUAAUUUUUCAAUUUACAGUUUGUUUUUGUUUUUUUUUCCACGGGGUGAAGUAUACGAUCCAGUGUGACAGUACAGCAUACAACAGGCCUCACAUGAUCUUAACUUUUAAUCACAAGCAGGAGUAUUACUCAGGUCUUUGAAUUUAUGAAUGUUUGAAACACGAACUGCAUUUCAGACAGGCUCGAUUUCUGCCGUCUCCCGGGUCCGGUCUUUGAUCAUUAUCGAGCCUACAUUUCAGACUGCAAGUUUAUUGAACACUAUAAAAGUUAAAUAUUAAAAUAAAACAUGAAAUUCUUUUUUAUUAUUAUUUAAAGAGUUCUUUUCAAAUAUGUUUACACUUCAUUGCUGAUCAACAUCAAGUUUUCAUAAGGCCCAAAAUGUGAGUCGAUUGAAAGGCAUAGAAAAUUAGAUAUAAAAAUUUAAUAUUAAACUACUUUGUCUAAUUCUAAAUCAUAAAUAUUUUAAUGUUGAAAGGCAAAGAAAAGGAAAUACUAAAGUUUUAUAUUUAAUUCCAUUGCCCGGUCUAUUUCUAAAUUAUCUCUAUUUUUAACAUGGUGUCUAACGCAAAUAUAUUUUUUACUAUUUAUGGUUCCCAUAUUUAAUAGUUCGAUUAUCUCAAAAAUCUUGAAAAGAUCUCUAUUGAAACUUCUGUUUAAACAGGUGGAACAAUUAUUUGUUUUCUAGAUCCUUUUGACUCUGAGCCUAGUGAGACACCACAAUUCGAGAUUAAUAAAAAUCGUUUCCCGUUCGAGAUCAAAAACGAAAAGUUAAGAAAAUCCAACCGUCACGACAAUUAAUUCAAGCCUUUAGUCACUUGCUUGGAUUAAUUUAAAAUCAUCAGUCUCGAUGUUUUAAUUGCUUCCGCUGUCUAUUUAGUUUGCGCCAUCUUCUUGGAUGAGUUCACUCUCCUUACUGCUUGAGACGUACAUUAAAUCGGUGUUUCUUUUUUUCUGAUAUUAUGUCGACCAGCAACUUGAGCAACCUCUCAUCAAGCGAAAAGGAUUUGGAUUGUCGAGUAUUAUAUGAGCCAUAUGUGUUUAAAAUAAGUUUGAUAGUUGUCUACUGUAUGGUCUUGUUGGUUGGCUUGACUGGAAACGCCCUUAUAAUCACCUUGGUGUACAAGCGGAAAGACUUAAGAAAGACUAUAAAUCAGCUUAUCGCCAACAUGGCAUUUUCUGACUUUGUCUUUCAGUUAACAUUCAUUCCAGUUGAGUUGGCAAAAGCAGGGUAUGGUCAAUGGCCGAUCGCUGAACCGGCUGGAUCAAUCGUCUGCAAGAUCCAGACUUUUGUUGUUUAUGCCUCUGUUUGUGUUUCUAUACAAAGCCUAACUUGGAUUGCUUUAGACCGGUUUAUAGCGGUAGUCUUUCCAAUGAAAGUCUAUCUGAUUUCCUCCAGAUUUCGCGUUUUGGCCAUUGCUUCCAUGUGGAUCGUUGCCGUGUUGUGCGGGUCCGCAUCUUCUAUUGAUUCUAAACUCGUGCACAAAAAUGGUGCACUUGACUGCACAGAGAAAACAACUCCAAUUUCUCAAUAUGUCGGAGCCGCCUGUUCCUUUGCUUCGUUGAUUUCCAUAACAAUUUUAUACUGUACUAUAGCGGUAACUCUACGAAGGAAAAAUAAAGCUCUCCCCACUUCCGCUGUGAAUGGAAACGUUCAGAGAAAACGGCAAGCCAUGAAAAUGUCCAUUUGCGUCGUGGCAGCCUUUUAUUUAUGUUUUGUCCCUCUCAUUAUUAUUGUCUUGUUGUCAGAAAGAGCACUGGAAAUUUCAUGUUUGCUACUCAGAGUACUAAGGUCAUUUCCUGGCCUGAUGAUCAACCUUUCAAGCACGGCAAAUCCAAUAAUCUGUUUCGUCUUUGUCGAAAACUACCGGCGUGGCCUGAGAGAAUUUUGUGGUUCGUUUCUUAUCAAAUGCUCGAGGAGAAGACAAAACAUUGACUCUGGUGCAAAAGGAAUAACUCUUCAGAGUAUGAGGGUCCUACAAAACCCUAAUAGUGAUUAAUUUAUUAUUUAUUUUAUUUUCUAACUAAAAACUGUUUUUCUUAGCUCCUGGUUGGUUACCCUGUGGCAGGCUCCAAGAAAAUAAUGUGCAGAGAUUGUAAUAACUGUACGGUCGCUUACGUCGCCAACGCCCUCUUUGCUAACGACUCAAAAGUCGUUUCGCGUACGUGUUGGGUCAGUUCUCAAACUGCUUUCUUCUAAUCAGUGGCUAAAUGAACGAGGUAAAUACAUGCAGGUCGCACUUCUUCUUAUCGUGUGGCUGAGAGAUCGAAGUACAUGCGCAGCGCUCGUUUCGGUUCUUAAGCGGAGCGACAUAAGACGUCAGCGAACGGAACGGUAGCGAAACUAUUCGUAGGCGACACGACUGAUGAAAAAAUGAUAUGAAAACGUUAGAUCGCGGGCGUCCUACUUUCCCUUGACCUUGUCUUCUCGACGUCCCUACGAUCUAAGAGCCUGGCUUGGGCUACUUGAUACGACUAUUAAUAAACUGUUGUUCAUAUUAAUGUACUGUAUUGAACUCUUCUGAACUCGAUGGUAGUUAUUACCUUUUUUCUGACUUAACCUUGUUGGCCCCAAAUUUACGAAGCAUUCCUAACUUUUAACUUAUUCGUCAUCAUAGAUCUCAGCUAUUGUUUCGUUCACUCCUAGGAGUGGGAGACGUUAAAAUACGCCUAAAAUAUCAAAGAGGCCGCUGGUCAACAUCAAGUUUUCACAAGGCACAAAAUGUGAAUCGAUUGAAAGGCAUAGAAAAUUAGAUAUAAAAAUUUAAUAUUAAACUCCUUUGUCUAAUUCUAAAUUAUAAAUAUUUUAAUGUUGAAAGGCAAAGAAAAUUAAAUGCUAAAGUUUUAUAUUUAAUUCCAUUGCCUGGUCUAUUUCUUAAUUACAUAUAUUUUUUACAUGUUGUCUAACGCAAACAUAUUUUUUACUAUUUAUGGUUCCCAUAUUCAAUAGUUCGAUUACCUGAAAAAUCUUGAAAAGAUCUCUAUUGAAACUUCUGUUAAAACAGGUGGAAUAGUUAUUUGUUUUCCAGAUCCCUUUGACUCUGAGCCUAGUGAGACAACACAAUUCGAGAUUAAUACAAAUCGAUUAACGUUCGAAAUCAAAAACGAAAAGUUAAGAAAAUCCAUUACCGUCACGACAAGUAAUUCAAGUAUUUAGUCGGUUGUUCGCAUUCAUUUGAAAUCAUCCGUCUCGAUGUUUUAAUUGCUUCCACUGUCAAUUUAGUUUGCGGCAGCCGUUCUCGGGUCAGUUCACUCUCCUUUCUGCUUAAGACGUGCAUUCAAUAGGUGUUUCUUUUUUUCUUAUAUAUAUUAUGUCGACCAACAACUUGAGCAACGUCUCAUCAAGCGAAAAGGAUCUGGAUUGUGGACUAUUAUAUGAGCCAUAUGUGUUCAAAGUAAGUUUGAUAGUUGUCUACAGUAUGGUCUUGUUGGUUGGCUUGACUGGAAACGCCCUUAUAAUCACCUUGGUGUACAAGCGGAAAGACUUAAGAAAGACUAUAAAUCAGCUUAUCGCCAACAUGGCAUUAUCUGACUUUGUCUUUCAGUUAACAUUCAUUCCAGUUGAGCUGGCAAAAGCAGCGUAUGGUCAAUGGCCGGUCGCUGAACCGGCCGGAUCAAUUGUCUGCAAGAUCCAGAGAUUUGUUAUUUAUGUCUCUAUCUAUGUUUCUGUACAAAGCCUAACUUGGAUUGCAUUGGACCGGUUUAUAGCGGUAGUCUUUCCAAUGAAAGUCCAUCUCAUUUCCUCCAGAUUUCGCGUUUUGGCCAUUGCUUCCUCGUGGAUCGUUGCCCUUUUGUGCGGCGCCGCAUCUUGUAUUUAUUCAGACGUCGUGCACAAAAAUGGUGCACUUGACUGCACAGAGGAAACAAAUCCAAUUUCUCAAUAUGUCGGAGCCGCCUGUUCCUUUGCUUCGUUGAUUUCCAUAACAAUUUUAUACUGUACUAUAGCGGUAACUCUACGAAGGAAAAAUAAAGCACUCCCCACUUCAGCUGUGAAUGGAAACAUUCAAAGAAAACGGCAAGCCAUAAAAAUGUCCAUUUGCGUCGUGGCAGCCUUUUAUUUAUGUUUUAUCCCUGUCAUUAUUAUUGUCUUGUUUUCAGAAAAAGUACUGGAAAGAUCAUGUUUGUUAUUCCGAGUACUAAGGUCAUUACCUGACCUGAUGAUCAACCUUUCAAGCACCGCAAAUCCAAUAAUCUGUUUCGUCUUUGUCGAAAACUACCGGCGUGGCCUGAGAGAAUUUUGUGGUUCGUUUCUUAUCAAAUGCUCGAAGAGAAGACAAAACAUUGACUAUGGUCCAAAAGGAAUAACUCUUCAGAGUAUAAGGGUCCUGCAAAACUCUAAUAGUAAUUAA